CGACUCUGUUAUUGAAUCUGCAUUUCAUGUUGAAGAAAGCUGAUCGGCGAAGAUGCUGUAUGAAGGUAUACUGCUAUUUUUAGAACCAAAGAGGCAAAGAGAAACGAUACCUACAGAAGAAAUCACACCCUUAUAAUCCCCAGUUCAUGUCAUGGGUAUGAGAUUUCUCAUCUAAAUUUUUUAGCAGAUUGAAGUGGAAUGGCCAUUGUUUACUCUAAAUGUUAACUCCAGUUCCUGAAAUCAUGGGAUUACAUUUUUUAAAGAAUACGACUCUAGAUGACAAUAUCUCCAAUCAAGAGGAGGGACACAGUCUUUUGAAAAUAGUAUCAAUCGCCACCAUUACUGCAAUUGUAAGCUUUAUAACUAUAAUUGGUAACAUUUUAGUCAUUGUCUCAUUCAAAGUGAACAGCCAACUUAAGACUGUGAACAAUUAUUAUUUGUUAAGCCUGGCCUGUGCUGAUCUCAUCAUUGGAGUGUUUUCAAUGAACCUCUACACCUCUUAUAUUCUAAUGGGUUACUGGUCGCUGGGAAAUCUGACAUGUGAUUUGUGGCUGGCAUUAGAUUAUGUAGCUAGUAAUGCUUCUGUCAUGAAUUUGCUCCUCAUUAGCUUUGACAGGUAUUUCUCAAUCACACGCCCUUUGACAUAUAGGGCUAAGCGUACACCUAAAAGGGCUGGCAUAAUGAUUGGACUGGCUUGGUUAAUAUCUUUUGUAUUAUGGGCCCCAGCCAUUGUAUGCUGGCAGUACCUGGUUGGAGAAAGGACAGUGCACCCAAAUGAGUGCCAGAUACAAUUUUUAUCCGAGCCCAUUAUUACUUUUAGCACAGCAAUAGCUGCUUUCUAUAUUCCUGUGUCGGUGAUGACGAUAUUAUACUGCCGUAUCUAUAAAGAGACAGAAAGGCGCACUAAGGAUCUGGCAGAGCUUCAAGGAACAAAUGUGGGGUCUGAAAAUGAAGUUGCGCCUUCCAAAAAGACUCUUUUGAAGUCCUGUUUUGGCUGUGAAGGCAACAAACUUUCAAACAAGGAAAUUUGCGAAGUUUCAUGGUCUUCUUCAAACAGGAGCACAACAGUGACUCUAAAAUCCACGCCUGCACCAAAUGUCACAGAGCAGUGGCUAAGCAGUAGCAAAAUGGGAUCUUUUGUUAAUCGCCCAGCAUCAGGCAAUGAUGAAAAGCUUGCCACAACAUCAGUCAGUUCAGGAUCUCAAGAGCAAAAUCAGGCCAAUGUGAGUGGUGGUGAAGAUGACGCAAGGAUGUCCUUUGGGAAAAAAAAAUCAUAAGGAUGGCUGGUAUGGAGACUAUACAAGAUUCUAUUGAUACCCUCUGGAAGGUCUCCUGAAACAGCAUUGUUGAGCUACAUAGAACAAGCUUUACUUUACAUCUGGCCAACAUAAGGACCUCGUUGAUGUGAUGGUUCCAUAAAUGCAGAAUGAUAAUUCUUCAGUUUCAUGAGCACAAAAAAAAUUGACGGUUAUUAAAGUGAGUACAUGUUUAUAAUACAUUUAGACAGCACUUGACCAUCCUUUUUAUAACUUUGUAAAAUUGCUGAUUGAAAAUGUGUUAUCUUACCCCCCAAUCAAACUGGCCCUUUCCCAGAUGUUCUGUUUUUGCUCUUGAUAUCAAUGUUGUUGUUUGAUACAAAGCACUUUCUCUUGUUGCCAUUAUGGACUUUAUUGAGUCACAGAAGAUGCUGUGAUGAUUGCAAUCCUGAAAUCUUUAACUGAAUUCUGUUCAAGUGAGAUAUUCAUUUAGAGAUGUCAACCUAAAGGUAUUUUAGCAAUGAUUUAUCACAGAAUAAAGGUUUAAUAGUUAUUCUCAUUUCAUGACAUGCAUAGGUUAUUACUUGAGUUGUACAAAUAUUAAACUGGAGUGAUUUUGUUUCUACAGAAUGACAGUCUUCUCUAAUGCACAUCUAAUAAUUUUGAUAAUCAAAAGGAAUAGGCACAUGCACAUAACUAAAAAAUGUAGUCAAACCUGGGAUACUUGUGCAUUAUUUGGUCAGUGGAAAUUGUAUCUGUGUUAAGUCUGUACUCUUCCAAAUUUCAGGACGUUUUAUCACUUACCUGCUUCAUUUGAAGACUCUGCAACUAUAUAUGGUGAGAGUGAUCUGCUUAAAUGCUAACUGUUGUAAUGAUUGUUUAGCCCUCAUAUGAAGUUUGUUGUUGGAUACCUAAGUAAUUUAUUCACAAUUUCUAUCUAUUAAUGUUGAACUAAGUUGAAAAAUUGAAUGAAAAGGUUUUAUUAAUAAAGUAUUGGUAUUACAAAUAUUCAGUUGGUUUGUAAAUGUUUGCACAUUAUUGUGUUGAUUAAAACAAUCAUUUUGCCAUAAAUGCUUCACAGAGAUGCCAACAAACCAGAGUUUAACAAUCUGCCUGGUUCAUAGUGAUACAUGCAUAACCCAUAAAUAAAUUUGUUUUUGAAAUGAAUGCAUUUGUAAUUAGAAAAGGUAGCACAAUUUAAUUGCUUUACUUUUCUCUUGUUGAUAAUAACUUUCAUCAGGAUAUAAUUUAAGAAUCAUUGAUUUUGCAUCCAAUUAAGCACUCAUUGUACAUGAACUCCUGAAUGACUCCUCGUGGGAUAUCCAACUGCUAGACCAUCACAGUAGAGCACCACAAUUUUCAGCAGAUUCCACUUCCAGCUGGAAUGUUAGUCACAAAUAGAGGCAAAUUCUUACUGUUAUUUUCUCUUUUGGUCUAGCUUGCAAAUAUAAUAAAACUAAUUGCUGUACUUCUAUUGCACAUGUAGGUUAGAUGGCAACAAUAAUAUGUAGAGUUCAUAGUUCCCCUAUAAUUAUAACAGAACUGUUUGAGAUAUUCAGCCAAACAUAGUGACACCAGUCACUAUCUGUAUUAUGCCCACUCCACAAUAGAAAUUUACUGCCUUACAAUAUUGAAACUGCCCACAGAAACAUUCAUACACACAUCAAUCAUACCCUCCCACUUGGAAUUUGGAGGUGAAGUAAUACCUUGUUAAGACUUAGAAUUGAGAUUUGUCACUUGUGAGCCCAUUCUUUCCCUUUCUUUUAGCUUCACUUGUUACAUUUUCUGUCACUAUGUCUUCUCUCCCCUCCCUUCACCACGAUGCGACUAUCUGUUCUUUCCAAUCUGGUAGUUAGACACACCAUUGUUCUACCAUUCUCACAUUUCAAUCACUUAAUCUGAACUAUCAACAUCCUCUCUCUCCCAGCACUCUAGACCCCCUCCCCACUAUUGUGUAAAAUUCUGUCCCCUCCACACUACAGGGUUCUGAAGAAGGGUUACACCUGGAACUUCCACUUCUGUGUUCUUCCAACCUCCUGCAUGUUUAUCCUCCACACUGCAUGUUAGUUCUGAUGAAGAGACAGCUAGACUCAAAAUGUUAACUUGUUCUCUCUCCUUGGAUGCUGCCUUGCACGCUGUGAUUUCCAGCACUUUUUGUUUUCAGUACAGAUUCUAGCAUCUGCAGUAAUUUGCUCCUACAUUGUCUUUGUAUCUCUGUGUGGUAGUCGCUUGGAAUGAGGAUGGUUCUUGCUCACAGUAAGAGUUGAGUCUUUUAAUGUGGGGAGCUGUUUUGCACUGGCUGAUCAGAAAAUUCUUCCACUCUUGCUACCUGCCAUAUGCAUAUCACAAGGAUAUAAAUGGUCAUAAUCAAUUGGUUUGGGCCCAUUAUGAUAAAUCUUUGGUGGCCAUCAAUAUGUAAAGAGGGACUUAAAUCUCUGGUUCAGAAGGAGGGAUGCUACUUCUCUUAUUUUCUUUUGAAGAAAAAUUGAAAGAGAGGGGUUCAGUACCGAAGGAGAAGGAACCAAUUACAAUUUCAGCUAAUAUAAUGUCUAAGAAAGGAAGUUGAAUAUAGGAGCAAAUUACUAGACACAAAACGUUAGCUUGCUCUCUCUCUAUGGAUGCUGCCUGACCCGCUGUGAUCUCCAGCAUUUGUUAUUUUCAAGGGAAGUUGAAUGAUUGAUAGUUUACUGAGAAAGAAGUCAAGGUGGUGGAUGAAAUUAUUUUGGAGAAGGCAUGGAUGCAAGUAAAAGAGAAAUGAUACUGCAAAUGGGGUUCAGGGCAAUAGCAGGGUAGCCAUAUUUGACUUGGUGGGCAUGUGCUGUGGGAAAAGGGAACAGAAAGCCAGCUGUACAAGUGGCUUCAAUAUUACCAAAAUGGAAGAUCAGAAGAUCUUUGCAAAUUGUCUGUGUAAUGGAGGUGUCAUGUAUCAAUAGUUCACCUCACUGUACUUAAUGAAUCAAACAAGAUCCUCACAACACCACUCUUACAUGUAAUACAGUAGAAUGGAUAUCCUUCAGAAAUGUUAUUGAUGGACUGAAGAUAUUGAUUCAGUGCAGGAUAGAGAUCUUAAUAGUAUUUACCAUUUGAAGACAGAUUUAGAAACUGAAACAGAAUUUUGUGUUUGGUCAAUUCAAGAAGCAUAAAUUUAUCAUAGCCACUGUCAUUUUUCUUGAAGAAACUUAAACCAACAGAUUUUUAAUUUGAACUGAACUCUUCACCAGUGAGAAAAAAAGUUUGUCCUUCAAAACUAUUGAUUAAAGUAAGAGCUACAGAUUUUAGAACUGAGGAGAAUCCAGUUUAGAAAAUAGAGCAAAGUUGGUUGUAAGAGCUUGAAUUGCAUUUUGAAGAAACUCUGGUUUGGUUAUGAUUCGGAGAUGCCGGUGUUGGACUGGGGUGUACAAGGUUAAAAAUCACACAGCACCCAGGUUAUAG